UACGGGUCAUCAAUCACGUGAUCUCCAAUGGCUGGCUCGGAUACCAAAGGUCUUUCGAAAUCGAAUUUUUGUUUCAGCAAGGAACCGUCUCUGGAAUGUUUACGCAAUCUUCAGUGUCGAUUUGCAAAUGAGAGAGACUGGGAUAAGUAUCACAAGCCGAGAAAUCUCGUCCUCGCGUUGGUUGGUGAAGUUGGAGAGCUAGCAGAGAUCUUUCAAUGGAAGGGAGAAGUAGAAGAUGGCCUGCCAGACUUCUCAGCUGAAGAGAGAGAACAUGUUGGUGAGGAGCUGAGUGAUGUACUGCUGUACUUGAUUAGGUUAGCAGAAAAGUGUCAAGUUGACCUGCCACAGGCAGCCAUUAGGAAGAUCAAACUAAAUAGUGAGAAAUAUCCAGCAGAGAGAGUGCACGGCUCCAGCAAGAAGUACACAGAAUAUCCGUAGAAAGACAAUAUCUUGUUGCCCACAGCCAAGACUAAUAACGUGACACACUUCGUAUAGAUGUUGUUCAUGAUUGUGUGAUAUUUCAAAGUAUCUGCUUAGACAUAAAUAGCGGAAAAAUUGC